AUAUGAAGAAAACAGUUGAAGCCACAUAAACAAGCGAGGCUUGUUAGCACAAACAAGUUGAGCAGUGGCCAGCGAUUAGCUAAUCAAUAUGGCUGCUUUUAAAAAAUUAGCCGUCUUAGCCAUCCUAGUGAGCAGCACUUAUGGAGGAGUACUGCACGGGAACAACUACGACAACCAUCAUCACGACCUCAUCGGCCACCAUGACCACAUUGACCACGUCCACCAUCACACCUCUGGUCUAUCAGCUCCACUAUCUAGCCUGAGUGCCCCUAGUUCUUUAUCACACUCGAGUUAUCUACCUAGCAGUUUCCCUUCUGGAGCUCUUCCCUCGGCGACAUUCAGCGGCUCUGGAUUUAUCGGCGGUGGAUCGAUAUCUCACGGCGUGGCUGAUGCGGCGUUGGAUAGCCACUCGUAUUCGGGAUCAGCGCUAGGUGGAACUGGUUUUUCUGGGUCUUCAUUUGGUGGAUCAGCAUUGGCUGGAGAUGCGUUAGCUGGAGGCGCUUUUGUUGGGGGAGCCAUCGGAGGAAUUGGUGGAGGAUCGUUAGCUGGAGGUUCCUUUGGAGCAGGAUUAGCUGCACCUUUGCCAGCCGCUGGACUUGCAACGUCAACUGGCCUCCUCGGAACAGCUGGAGCUCUCGGCGCUGCAGGCAUUGCCGCUCCAGGUGGUGAGGCCCCCCCACCAGGCCCCAAAGCCCCAGUCAUCAAUGAAAUUCACGGACUCGCCAACGGCAAUGGAGCCCCAACUCAAUACAGAGUACGCGAAGAACGCUACAACGUUUACAAACAAGUGACCCACAGAGUGCCACAACCGGUGCCCGUUCCCGUGCCCCAGCCAGUCCAAGUGCCAGUGCCACAGCCCUACCCUGUCCAAGUACCAGUUGUGAAGAACGUACCAGUGCCUGUUGUCAAAAUCCAGCACGUUAAAGUCGACAAGCCCGUGCCUUAUCCGGUGGAGAAAAUUGUAAAAGUCCCAGUUGAGAAGGUGAUACAUGUGCCGGUGCCCCACCCAGUACCAGUUGAAAAAGUUGUCGAAGUUCCAGUGGUUAAACUUGUAAAGGUUCCGGUGCCUGUUGUGAAGACUUACCCCGUUCCCCACGUCAAGACUGUCCACCACAAGGUACAAGAGCAUCACUCCCACGGCUGGCACAGCAAGGGACACGGCUGUCCGUCCAAACAGAAACAGCCGCAACACAUCAAGAACCGCAGACAAAUAUCGGUUAGGGUACUAUAUGCGACUGCUCUAGUGUAUACUGUCAAUGCAGGAGUUUUGACUGGGCAUCAUCAGGAUGAUUCGUAUGUGGCAUCAGCACUAAGCGCCCCUUCAGCUUCAUAUGGCACUCCUUCGACGUCGUAUGGACCUCCUGCAACGUCGUACGGACCUCCAGCAAUUUCGGGAUCUUUGAAUUUGGGCACAACCUUGGACUCGCAUUCACAUGGGUUAGGAGAUGGAGCACUACUUGGUGACCAUCUUGACUAUGGUCAUUUGUCAGCGCCUGUUGUAAGCCACGAUGUCCAUGAUGAUGCGCCUUAUCCCGCUGCGGCGCCAUACACAGAAGGUUCCCUGAACUUACCUACCAGCAUAGGAGGUCCAGCUCCUCUCGCCGGACCCCUUCCGGCGACACUACCAUCCCUCGGCUCGUACGCCCCCGCCUUCCAGGCUAACCUUCCCACAGCAGCUGUAACCACCGCCGUAGGUCCUCCUCGUGUCAUUGGCACCACUGUCACCGUAGGCCGUCCAGUCGCUUCAGCAACCAGAUACGAAUUGCAAUCUGUUGUCCAGAACGUUGUCCGUCGUGUUCCAGUUGAAGUGACCCGUCAUGUCCAAGUAGCCGUGCCUCAGCCCGUGCCUGUUCCCGUCCGCCAAGAGGUUAAGGUACCUGUUCCACAGCCGUACCCCGUGCACGUCGAUGUGGUGAAACAUGUGCCUUAUCCCGUCUACAAAACAGAGCAUGUGGAAGUCGAAAGACCAGUCCCUGUCGAGGUCGUAAAACACGUACCAGUGGAAGUCAUCAGGAAGGUACCAGUCCCCGUUGACAAGCCUUAUGAAGUGAUCAAGAAGAUCCAUGUCCCUAUUGAGAAGCACGUUCAUGUGCCUUAUGCUGUCUGGAAGCCGUACCCCCUGCACAUCAUCAAGCACGUCACCCACUACAAGAAGAAGAGUUGUUGCUGGUGAUCAUAGAAUCAUAUCGUCGUGCCAAAUAGUCGAUAGACAUGUAAAUAUUGAUAGUCAUUAGAUGUACGUGUACAUAGAUAAUAAAUAUCGUUUGAUACCUCACGUUAGAAUUAUCGUGUAAAUAAAUCAGAUGAUUGAAAUGUUA